CCUAAUCGCUUACCGUAGCAUCGGCACCGCUGCUGUUUGUGAGUGGAGGUUUAACCAGAGCGGUACAGAGGCUUAUAUCCUCCUGCAGUGCAGAAGAACAACAGCGGGUGUCGAAGCGCGGCGAGUAGUGAGACACCAUGGGCAAUACAAGUGACAGAGUGUCUGCAGACCGCCAUGGGAAAACCCAUCGCUCCGACAGCAGCGGCAGCCAGAAGGACCAGGACUCCAGCAGCAAGAUGGGGGAUAGCACAGACGACCCCAACGUCUUCAACAUGCAUGGAUCUGAGUCCAAGACUUCAGGGGAGAAAGAAUUCACUCCAGAUUUGGAUGACCUGGUUAAAACCGGUCCUCAGGCUCGACCCACUGUUAUUCGCUGGGCCGGAGGGGGUAAAGAAGUCUAUAUAGCAGGUUCCUUCAAUAACUGGAACAACAAGAUACCCCUAAAUAAGAGCCACAAUGAUUUUGUAGCGAUUCUGGACCUGCCUGAAGGAGAGCACCAGUACAAGUUUUUUGUCGAUGGACAGUGGCUCCAUGACCCCUCUGAGCCAGUUGUAACGAGCCAGCUUGGCACCAUCAACAACCUGAUCACAGUAAAGAAGUCUGACUUUGAGGUGUUUGACGCCCUGCAGGUGGACUCUCUGGAGUGCUCAGAUACAUCCGACCUGUCCAGCUCCCCUCCUGGACCUUAUGGUCAGGAACAAUACAUCUUUAGACCAGAGGAGCACUUCAAAGCCCCUCCCAUCCUCCCUCCUCACCUGCUUCAAGUUAUCCUCAACAAAGACACCAAUGUAUCGUGUGAUCCCGCCCUUCUGCCUGAACCAAACCAUGUGAUGCUUAAUCACCUUUAUGCUCUUUCAAUAAAGGACGGAGUGAUGGUGCUGAGUGCUACCCACCGAUACAAGAAGAAAUACGUCACGUCUCUGCUUUACAAGCCCAUCUAAGCUGCCCCUCAUAUGCUCCACAGUGCUAUUUGUGUUAAAAGAGCUGCAUCAUAGAAUCCAGCUGCUUUUUGUUGGUUCUUAGCUUUUUUUUUUUCUUUCUUUACAUUUGGCGAAACCUUGCAGCUAAACAUGUUUACAAGCAAUUUUUAACACAAUCACCGUGUGAGGCAGCACUUCAGUAUAUCCAGGGUUCUGUACAGACUGACGGAGAAGUGUGUUUGUGUUGGCUUUCAGGGAGAGAUUACCGUACUGUGGCUUUAACUCCUAACAACUACAAAUAAGACUGAAUCAGUCAAAGAUUAAGAUUGUGUCUUGUGUAUGUUUGUGAAAAGUGUCCCCUGUGUGUAGUAGAUGACUUGUGAAUGAACUGUGGUGGGUUGUUUGUUACUGAUGCGCUUCAGAACUGUUACCUUUUAAAUGCUUAAUCGACUCUGUUAGAUUUGUUGUUGUUGUUUUUUCUUUCUGCAUGCAGAAUGAGGUGUAACCUCUGGAGACAGACCCACUGCAGUUUAACUUUGAAGUGCAAUAAAGUGCCACAAAAACAGUUCAAAGAACUGGAGGCACAACAUCCUGCUUUCAUUUACAUUACCGUGGAGUCUACUGUAUAUAUAUAAAGAAAAAAGCUAAAGUAUUCAUAUAAUUUUGUGACAUUGCAGCAGAAGCAUUAGUUUAUAAUUCUUUUGUAUUAUUUAUUUGACACAAGACCCUUCUGUUAAGGGCUGACUAAACCAACAUGGCUCCAUUAGAUGCUUAGAGCUUGGGAUUUUGUAAAACCGAACCCCGCUUUGAUCUGCUCUGUCGUCUUUGUGAUGCUAAUUCUUCACUUUAACAAACCUUUACAGAGAAUCAUUUAAACAGAAGUUGGUUCUAUUUAUCAAGUAGACAUAGUUGGUUUAAUAGGAUUUCCUUCAGAGGUAUUAAAGUUUCUAAAAGACCUUUGGAAACAUUUAAUGUUUUCCUUUCACUCCACAAAUUGUGUAGAUCUCUGAAAAAUUUCUGCUGCAAUGGUGAAAAAUAUACAUAUGAAUACUUUUGUGAGUCUUUUCAGAGUUGGUUUGACAGGAGAACUGCUCAUUCUGAUGGUGAAUCCUCUCUGUUUGCUUUCUGUUGUUGCCUUUUAGCUGGUUUCAAAUUGUUAGCACUUUACCAUCCUGUGAGCACAAGUGUUGAUUUAAGCAUUUAACUAUGCACCAGCACAAAGCUCUUGUCCUUUACCUUCUCUUAUUAGAUGUUUGUUUUAUUUUUAGGUUUAUUUGAUUUGUUCUGUGAUAUAUGAAUGUACUGUAUCUAUGUGUUGAUUGUAGAGGAAAAGUUUCUGCUGUCUAGUCUGUAGAGGACACCCUCAGCAACUGGCUACCACAUGAGCUAACAGGGCUGUUACAAGGAUUCUGCCAUAGAUCUAAAUGUACAUUUUGUGCGUUUGUGUGUUCAGGAAAGUAUUUAAGUGUUUUCAAUUUAAUUGCCGUGCUGUUUUUAGCGGGGCUGAAUUAAUUGCUUGCACAUAUAAGAAGGGACUUGUUGAUCCUGUAAUUAGUUCCCAUAUAAGCUGAAAGCUUUUUGUCAUUGUUGAACCUGCCUGUGACGUUUCGUCCGAAGAGUAUGAGGUUUAGAGAAUCCAUAAGGCAGUGAAGUGCCAUGAAAAUUGAGUUUUAAAGCUGAAACCAAAACUUCAAUAUUUUUGAGCCCUUUUGGAAAAAAAUGCAAAUAAAGACACGAAUCUAAUGAAGUCUCCGUAG